AUGGCUGCUGCUGUUAGUGCUGCAGUCUCUUUUCCAUCCACCAAGUCUACCUCUCUCCCAAGUAGGACCUCCCUCAUUUCCCCUGAGAGAGUCAUUUUCAAGAAGGUUCCGUUUCAAUAUAGAGAUGUUUCUAGCAGUGGAAGGGUAGUUUCCAUCAGAGCUCAAGUCACCACUGAGGCACCAGCCAAGGUUGAAAAAGAGUCCAAGAAACAGGAUGAAGGUGUGAUUGUGAACAAGUUUAAACCCAAGGACCCAUACAUUGGUAGAUGCCUGCUCAACACAAAGAUCACUGGGGAUGAUGCUCCAGGAGAAACUUGGCACAUGGUCUUCAGCACCGAGGGAGAGGUUCCUUACAGAGAAGGCCAAUCAAUUGGGGUAAUUCCGGAUGGUGUUGACAAGAAUGGCAAACCUCAUAAACUGAGAUUGUAUUCUAUUGCCAGCAGUGCCAUUGGUGACUUUGGUGAUUCCAAGACUGUUUCUCUAUGCGUGAAACGACUAGUGUACACAAAUGAAAACGGAGAAAUUGUCAAGGGAGUCUGCUCAAAUUUCCUGUGUGACCUGAAGCCAGGAUCAGAAGUAACUAUAACUGGACCUGUUGGAAAAGAAAUGCUUAUGCCAAAAGAUCCUAAUGCCACCGUCGUCAUGUUGGCAACUGGAACUGGGAUUGCCCCAUUUCGCUCAUUUUUAUGGAAAAUGUUCUUCGAGAAGCACGAAGAUUACAAGUUCAAUGGUUUGGCAUGGCUCUUCUUGGGUGUCCCUACAAGCAGCUCUUUGCUCUAUAAGGAGGAAUUUGAAAAAAUGCAGGAGAAAUACCCUGACAACUUCAGGCUUGACUUUGCUGUGAGCAGAGAACAAACAAACGAGCAAGGAGAGAAGAUGUACAUCCAAACCAGAAUGGCUCAAUAUGCAGAAGAGCUUUGGGAACUACUGAAGAAGGAUAAUACUUUUGUGUAUAUGUGUGGAUUAAAAGGAAUGGAAAAGGGAAUUGAUGAUAUUAUGGUAUCAUUGGCUGCCAGAGAUGGCAUUGAUUGGAUUGAGUACAAGAAGAAAUUGAAGAAAGCAGAGCAAUGGAAUGUGGAAGUCUAUUAA